AAAAUAAAGAUAGUGAGAAAUUUUCGGCCAUAAAAAAGAAAGAUAGAGAAAAAGGAUAGAGGGACCCAUUUUCUACAUUAGUGGUGGACAAACACACACGUUGACAGUGAAACGAAGAAGAGAGUGAUAGAAGGAUGGAAGACAGCCAGGAGGGGAGGGGGUACCUGCCUGUGGAGUGGGGUGACCCGGAACGCAUGAGGACAUUAAUGGGACCCUUGCCGGACCCCCGAGUGAACCACGUGGCCCACAAUGCCCGGCUCACAUUCUGGUCCGCUGCCAUUCACACCUGGUGCACCGCUGACCUCAGACCUGCCUUCACUGCUGCUGAAUGCCAAGGUGCCUUUCGUCGAGGGUCACAAGUCCCUGUGUGUCUGCCGGAGGUACUGCAGCUAAUGAUAAGACAAGGUGAAGUUGUGCCGAUGGACCAGCUGAACUUGACGGACCCUAAUCAGGAGACAUGGACCAGCUGGGGCCAUCGUGUCUUCCUGGCCCGGCCCUCACACCUCCUCUGGGGCCAGCUCAAACACCUCAUGGGCCUUGACACGCUUGGAAAUAGUGUGCUGGUGUGGUGUGUUGCUUAAAACACCCUCAAAUUCCAGGAAAUGUGCGACAGACUGACCGAGAGAGUUUGGCAAGAGAAGAACACAGCCAGUCUUCUCUUCACCCUCAAAAACCUGCAUAAUAUUUCAAGGGAGACUGUCGGAACACUGCAAAACUUGGAAUUAAUUUUGAAGGUUUUGGUAACACAAGGCAAGGCUGUCACCGCCCUCCACCACGGGACCCUGUAUGUGAAAUUUGGCAACCCUGGUGAUGUGAAGAAGCCUGUGGUGUUGCCUGAGGAGCUUGCCAAGAGAGACAUAGAGGAGGCGAAGGAGAGAGUGGAGGAGAGUCUGAAGGUGCUGGAGGAGGAAAGGCUCACACUGCGGACACAAGCUAAGGAAGCACUGGGGCGUGGUGCUAAGAAUGAGGCGCUGUCCUUGCUACGAAGGAGGAAGAGAAUCGACAAGUCUUUAUUGACACAACUUGGAGUUCUAGAAAAUCUCACCUCUUGGCUGCUCCACCUGGACGACACACAGAUGAACAGGCAGGUGUUGGGGGCUCUGAAGGGUGGUGUUGAGGCACUGAGGACGGCCCUGGCUGGUGAUGCUUCCCCUGAUGCUGCUGCCAACACCUUAGAUGAUUUGCAGCAGGUCCUGGAGGAAUGUGAGGAACUGAACACCCUCGUUUCCACCAACCCAGUGGCUGACGACCUCACUGGCCUGGAGGACGAGCUGGAGGGCCUCUUGCUGGAUGCUGGGACGGAGAGGGUGCUGGAGCCAACGCUGCCAGACGUACCCACACACUCACCACUCCCUGCCGCCACCACCACCGCCACCGCCACCAGCCCUCGACUCUCCUUGUAAACACACACACACACACACACACACACACACAUAAUUCCUCUUCUUCCUCCUCCUCCUCCUC